AUGUCAUCUCAAAAACCUUUGGUAGUCGUUAGUGGAGCUACUGUCCGUGCUCUUACACGUAAGCCUGAUUCUGAUAAAGCUAAAGCUCUUGCUGCAAAGGGUGUUGAAGUUUUCAGAGCCGACCUUUCCAUUAAAGAAGAUGUUAAGAAUGCGCUUAAUGGAGCUGAUAUUGCAUUCAUUGUCACCAGUUUCUGGGAUCCGUCCAUUUACCCAAAUAAUAUGGCUGAAGAAGAAAGACAAGGUAAAAUGAUUGCUGAUGUCGCUCAAGAAGUCGGAUUGAAUUGGCUCCUUUAUAGCGCCUAUACCUCGAAUUUUGGAACAUUUUUUCCUAUUAUUACAAAAGAUGAUGGAACAUCUGAAUUUGUUGUUCCAAUGGUUAAAGAAGACACCACAAUUGAGAUUGUUGACGCUGAGGCCGACACUGGCCCCAUUGUAGUUAAAGUCAUUGAAGAAGGACCAGAAAAAUGGAAUGGAAGGAGAGUUCCUAUUGCUUCAGAAAGCAUUUCUUUUGGAAAAAUUGCCGAAAUAUUGACUAAAGGUAGUCCCAAUCGCGAAGAAAUGAAAAAAGAAGUUCCUUACUUGGAUAAUCCAAAAAUAUCCGAUAUGUUUCGUUGGUAUAAUGACUACGGAGUCUUUCGUUCUGAAAAGGAAAUUAGCGAUAUUUCUAUUGCUAAAGUUUUGCACCCAAAUAUUACUACCUUUGAACAAUAUGCUCACAAAAAAUGGGAAUUACAGAGUAAACAGAUGACAAUUUUGUAA